UUGAGUAAUUGAAGUGUUUACUCUUUGUUGUUUUGAGGUUAAGUUGUUUGUUAUGUUAGUUGACUAAAAUUAAGUAUUAUUACAAUUAUCUUAGUUAUGUAAUUCGAUAUAGUUCAGGUAAGGGAAUUUGAAAUUCAUUGUAAAAAAUAACUUGAAAUCCAUUUUUGAAAAUCAUGGAUGACAAAGUAACUAAAAAAAUUGCAUCUCGGUUUCAUCCCUAUCAUGGAGAUAACAUAAUUUUGUAUGAUGACAAUACAGUUGCAUAUAGGAAAAGUAGCUUUGCUAAUGCAUUAACCUUUAGUGAAAAGCCUUUAAUGCCUGGUGAAAUAUUUUUAGUUGAAAUUGAGAAAAAUGAGCGUGGUUGGAGUGGUUAUAUGAGGUUGGGCUUGACACAGUUGGAUCCUCAGUCUGCUGCAACUUGUGGAGGUAUGUUGCCAGAGUAUGCAUUACCAGAUCUUACAAAUAUGAGCACAUCAUGGAUUUAUGCUAUAACCAAAACACAUAACAAUGUUUAUGAAGGGGCAAACCCGAUGCCAACUAUACAUGGAAUACCUUCUAAACAUGAUGGAGAAAAGAAAUACUUUCUUGGGGACAUGAAUAACGUUAAAACAUCACGAGGAAUAAUACCAAGAAGUGUUUUAAGACCAUCAGGAUCAUCAAUUCUUCCUCUUGAUAUACUUCCAACAGAUGUCGGUAGCAGAAUAGGGGUUGUCUACAUACCUGGUGGCAGAGGAAAAGGAGAUGUAGCAGAAAUGCACUUCAUAAUAAAUGGUGAAGACCAAGGACCAUGUUCAAAAGACAUUCCAUUCAAAGAAGGUCCACUCUACGCUGUCGUUGAUGUAUACGGAACAACAAAACAAGUCAGAAUUGUUCAAUUGUAUGGUGUGGCCAGCCUGCAGAGUGCAUGUAGAGACGCAAUAUUACAACACAUCCAGAAAACAGCAGUUUCCUCCCUGCCCCUCCCCAAAGCUCUAAAAGAUUAUUUACUGUACGAGGCUUAAAAUGUAAAACAUUAUUCAAUAUAGUCAUUUGUUAAGGGAAAAUAUCUAACUUAGAUAUUCUAGAAGAACCAGUAACAAAUAUUUUUACGAUGUCAAAAUAAUAUUUAAAUAAAUGUGAUUAUGGCCAGGCCUAGUUAGAGAAAUGUAAUGGCCUAUUAUUUGUUGUUGGUUUUAUUGUGUAAAUGUUUGUCUGUAAAUAUUAUAUUUAUAAAAUAUGCUUUUAAAUUUAAUAGUGAAAUAGUGCUUAGAUUCUAUUUGCAAUUUGGUCACUCUGUUCCUGAAUAAAAUAUUGUAUUUAUUUGUAA